CAGGAGAUGAGGUAGUGGAAAGUCAGCGAAGUGAAAAGAGACGUCAAGUGGUGUUUACUGGACGAUAACAGAAUCCCAAACGUCUGAAAUUGAAACAAAAUCCCCAUUAACUUGGUGUAAAUGGGGAAAGGAAUGGGAAAAGGCAUCAUUGCUGAUGCUGCAGUGGAGAAAUACUUUGCUAACCUGAAAGCAAGCACAUCUUACAUCCUUGGACUUUUAGUUGGACAGGGGGAGUUUGUGGUGCAUGCAGCGAUGACCCCACUAAAGGAGGACAAUCCUGGUGGCCUGAUGAAUGAGGAUGACAAAGACUACAUCCUAGAUCACGCAGAACAUCUGAACCGCAUGGUUCCUGGAGGACUGUCUGUGAUGGGCAUGUUUGUGGUCUCCCCGUCCCACCAGACCAAAGAGAGCCAUAUGAAAAUGAGGCGGACUAUGGCUGCUGUGGAGAAUCGUGUAUCCGAGGACAGGCUUUGGGGUUUCUCAGAGGAGGACACCAAUGACAGAGUGAUGCUUCAUAUCUGCUCCAACACCAACAAAGUGACUUGCUGGAUUAUGAACAUUAAAGAACCUAGUAAAUCUUCUAAAUCUGCGACAUGGAGUUACCAGCCGUGGAUGACAGCGUUCUGGCCUGUUGCAGCCUGCCCCAUGGACAUCGACCUGAUGUUCCCUAUCAAGGACAAGACCCGCCACGGUCUGAUGCAGGCCAUGAAGGAUGGGAUGAUGAGGUGGGCAAAGAAGACUGAGGCCAGUGUUUGUCUCCUCAACAACAAAAAUCUACCAGCUAAGACAAAUUUGAACCCCCCAACUAAGAGGAACAAUUCACAAAGGAUAAAGAUUCAAGGUCAGAUCUUCAUCCCAACGGCAGGGGGCAAGCUGGGGGAGAGGCCUUCCACUGCGUCAGUGCAGGUAUGCAGCUGUAUCCUGAGACUGAAGGGGAGUCUGGGGUGCAGAGCGUACAUGAACCCUGCAAGGACCACUGCCAAGACCACCACCAUGUACAUCAAGAGGGACAUCAUCAGGAGCGUCUACAACAGUGCCAAAAACUUCUUUGAACAUCUGAUAAAUGAUGAAAACUCAGCGAAGGCAUUCAUGGGCUCCCAGCCCUUGGCUAAGCGGGUGUUCUUCCUGGUUCCCGACACUGGCAUCUCUCUGUGUGACUACAUACUCUCCUCUGAGACAGAGGCAGCUGUCCAGGAGAGGGUAAGGGAGUGGGCAGGCUUCACCAUCCCUGAUGGGCAGCUCCAUAUCACCCAGCAGCUGGUACAGGGCAGGUUGGAGUGGCACCAAGAUUCAGAGGAAGGCAUGGACAGCACCUGGGUCCCGGUGUACAAGAUCCAGCAGAGGCGCAAAAUCACCAUGGGUGUGGCAGUGGCUUCAGGAGUCUCCCUGGUGGCCUGUCUCAUCUAUAGUCUCUUCCUAGAAGAGUGAAGAGUGUCCCACGGAGUCGAGCGGUUCAAUCCCAGGAUCUGGCAUGCAAAGGGCAUCAGAACAUCCCUGGGAUUCCCAUAAAUUAAAGGGGCCUGUGCAAUGACAUGGAAGUUAAGAUGUGUUUUUUCCAUUUCUAUUAACACAUUCCAGUAACAGAUGACAGUUUGUCUAGGAAUACACUUCCUGGGUUCAUUGUUAGAGGGGCCCAUUCAUAUUUGCGGUGUGAGACAGCAAAGUCACGUGGAGCAAUUUAUUUUCACGUGAGAUCAGAGCCACCAGCUGCUAUAGUUUUACACUCUAACGGGAGCGUCAUGCCCCAUACCUCAUGAUGUGACGUCAUCUUAGUGGGGUUUUGUGUGGGUCAACUAGAAUGUUGCAGCUGGUGCCAUGAAUCAAAGCUCACAGCGCCAACUGAGAAACAACCUACCCCAUAAACAGAGAGAGAGGGAUGGGGGCGCUUAUUAUAACUACUGUAGGUAAAUAUUUGUGUUAACUAAUCUCAUUCUCGGAAGUCUCGGGUAAUCAACAGUGCCUCUUCAAACUCAGGAGGCUGAAGAAAUUUGGCUUGUUAACUAAAACUCUCACAAACCUUUACAGAUGCACAAUUGAGAGCAUCCUGUUGGGCUAUAUCACUGCCUGGUACGACAAUUGCACCGGACCACAAACGCAGGGCUCUUCUGAGGGUGGUGCGGUUUGCACAACGCAUCACCACGGGCAAACUACCUGCCCUCCAGGACACCUACAGCACCCAAUGUCACAGGAAGGCCAAAAAGAUCA